AAUCCCCUUCCGUUCACAGCACUCGAGGACAGAUUUACAAAUCCCUCUGACGGGAGAGCGUUGCAAAGGAUCAAAAGACUGCUCAGGAUCUAAAUGCGCAUCCUCCGGGCAGUGACGGCUAAGUCCAGAGGGAUCCGGCUGGCUGCGCUCGUCGGGAUCCGACAGCCCGGAACCAAAAAGCCAGGGCUAACACAGUUCUGGGAGGGCCCAGCGUCUGCGGCCCUCUAAAGAAGGGGUGGGGCAGCAGCUGCCGGAAAUGGGCCUCGAGCGCAGCGGAAGGGGCGGGACCUCGAAGCAACGGAAGCCGGAAGCCGGGGUCUGAGCUACCUGUGCGGCGAUGUCGGCCGGUGGGGCUUUGGAUUCCGGGCCCCUGGGGGUUGCCGCCGCUCCCUCACCAGCCCCGGCGCAGCCGCCAGCCACAGGGCCCUUGUUCCGGCCCAUCAGCGCCGAGGACGAGGAACAGCAGCCCACCGAGAUCGAGUCGCUGUGCAUGAACUGUUACCGCAAUGGCACGACGCGCCUCCUGCUCACCAAGAUCCCCUUCUUCAGAGAAAUAAUCGUGAGCUCCUUCUCCUGCGAGCACUGUGGCUGGAACAACACGGAGAUCCAGUCGGCAGGCAGGAUCCAGGACCAGGGAGUGCGCUACACGUUGACUGUCCGCGGUCUGGAGGACAUGAACAGAGAAGUGGUGAAGACUGAUUCUGCCACCACAAGGAUACCUGAGCUGGACUUUGAAAUUCCAGCUUUCAGCCAGAAGGGAGCUUUGACCACCAUUGAAGGAUUGAUCAACCGUGCCAUCUCUGGCCUGGAGCAGGACCAGCCCACACGAAAGGCGAGUGAAGAAGCCAUCGCCGAAAGAAUUGAUGAGUUCAUUGUCAAACUGAAGGAGCUAAAGCAAGUAGCCUCCCCUUUCACCCUGAUCAUCGAUGAUCCCUCGGGGAAUAGCUUUGUAGAAAACCCACAUGCUCCCCAGAAAGAUGAUUCCCUGGUGAUCACACACUACAGCCGGACCGUGCAGCAGGAUGAGAUGCUAGGGCUCCAGGCUGAAGGACAAGAGGAAAAGCUGGAAGAAGAAGAUCUCAGAAAUGAGGUGCUCCAGUUCAAUACAAACUGCCCGGAGUGCAAUGCCCCAGCUCAGACGAACAUGAAGCUUGUACAAAUCCCCCACUUUAAGGAGGUUAUCAUCAUGGCCACCAUCUGUGAGAACUGUGGUCAUCGGACCAAUGAGGUGAAAUCUGGAGGAGCGGUAGAGCCCAUGGGUACCAAGAUCACACUCCACAUCACAGAUCCUUCUGACAUGACCAGAGACAUCCUCAAGUCAGAAACAUGCAGUGUGGAAAUCCCAGAGCUGGAGUUUGAGCUGGGAAUGGCUGUCCUCGGAGGCAAGUUUACUACCCUAGAAGGGCUGCUGAAAGAUAUCCGAGAACUGGUGACCAAGAACCCUUUCACACUGGGUGACAGUUCCAGUCCUGGCCAGUCGGAGAAAUUGCAGGAAUUUAGUCAGAAGUUGGACCAGAUCAUCGAGGGUCACAUCAAGGCCCAUUUCAUUAUGAAUGACCCAGCAGGAAACAGUUACUUGCAGAAUGUCUACGCACCAGAUGACGACCCAGAAAUGAAGGUGGAGCAUUACAAGCGCACCUUUGACCAGAAUGAGGAGCUGGGGCUUAAUGACAUGAGGACAGAGGGCUAUGAGUCUGGCCUGUCCCUCUGCGGUAGCGCUGGGCUGCCCAUAGCCAGCUGGGAACUCUGA